CAGCAGUUCUGGAGGUGAGGAUGGGGCACCCUUUGCUCUGCAUGCUGGGCUUCUUCUUGACUUUUACACUUCAUUGUGAUUAUGCUCAAGGAGAUAAAUCCAGAGCCACACUGAGAGCAGAUAAAACAACCAUACCACUAGGGCGCAGCGUUAGACUGACCUGCUCUGUGGAUGGAUCUGCUGACUGGAACUUUUACUGGUUCAGAAAUUGGCAACGAUAUUCUGUAGACCAGACCAGAAGAAACAUUGAUCCAUACGGAGUCAUCAGCAUCUCAGAGGGAGGUCUAUACAGCUGCAGAGGAGGAAGAGGAGAUCCAGUUUUUACAACAGAAACAAGCAAUGAAAUCUCUAUUUGGAAAACUGUUUUUAAGCCAACAGUGAUCCAACAAACCAGUGGGUCUGAUGUAUACAGUGGAGAGAAAGUCACUCUGAGAUGUAAGAUCUAUGGAGGUGGAGGAACUCAGUGGACGUAUGAAUGGAGUCCAACCAACAGAAACUCUCCAACAUCCAGUGAAUACAGGAUCAUCACAGCUACUGAGUCUGGUGGUACAUACCGGUGUAGGGCUAGAGGAGACUAUCAGAUAACAGACUGGAGUGAUGCUUUAACACUGACAGUGAGAACAGAUAAACCCAGAGCCACACUCAGAGCAGAUAAAUCACUCAUACCACUAGGGGGCACUGUCAGGCUGACCUGCUCUGUGGAUGGAUCUGCUGACUGGAACUUUUACUGGUUCAGAAAUGGGCAACAAUUAUCCGUAGUCCAGACCAGAAGAAACAUUGAUCCAUACGGAGUCAUCAGUAUCUCAGAGGGAGGUCUAUACAGCUGCAUAGGAGGAAGAGGAUAUCCAGUUUUUACAACAGAAACAAGCAACAAAAUCUCUAUUUGGAAAACUGUGUCUAAGCCCACUGUGAUCCUUCAACCCAACUGGCCUCAGAUAUUCAGAGGAGAGAAAGUCACUCUGAGAUGUGAGAUCCAUGGAGGUGGAGGAGCUCAGUGGACGUAUGAAUGGAGACCAACCAACAGAAACUCUCCAGCAUCCAGUGAACACAGGAUCAACACAGCUACUGAGUCUGGUGAUAGAUACUGGUGUAAGGCUAGAGGAGACUACCAGAUAACAGCCUGGAGUGAUGCCUUCAGACUCACAGUGAAAGCAGAUAAACCCACAGCCUCACUGAUAGCCGAUCAGAGAAUAAUACCACUAGGGGGCAGUAUAACACUGACCUGCUCUGUGUCCAGCUCUAAUGGCUGGAAGUUUGACUGGUUCAGAAAUGGGAAACAAUAUUCUGUAGUCCAGACCAGAGGAAACAUUGAGCCAUACGGAGACAUCAGCAUCUCAGAGGGAGGUCUAUACAGCUGCAGAGGAGGAAGAGGAGAUCCAGUUUUCUACACUGAAGACAGCAGUAAGGUCACAAUCUAUAAAACUGUUCCUGUUAUAACCACUGUGAUCCAACAACCCAACUGGUCCCAGAUAUUCAGAGGAGAGACAGUCACUCUGAGAUGUGAGAUCCAUGGAGGUGGAGGAGCUCAGUGGACGUAUGAAUGGAGAACAACUAGCAGAAACUCUCCAACAUCCAGUGAAUACAGGAUCAACAAAGCUACUGAAUCCUACAGUGGAGAAUAUAGAUGCAGAGGAAGAAGAGAUGUCUUUUCAAUAACAGAGUGGGGAGUCCUUAUGUUAAAUGUGUCAGAUAAAGCUCAGCCUGUCCUUUCUGUGUCUCCAUCAUGGCUGAGUCCUGGAGCCUCAGUGACUCUGAGCUGUGGGGGGUUGGAGCAUCUAUCUGCAGGAUGGAGGUUCUUCUGGUAUAAAGUGGUUCCAGCAAAAUCCAGCAGCUCCUACAGCUUUGAGCCGCUGACCGGCAGAACCAACUGGACUGAACAGAACUCCUACCUCAUUAAUGGACAGAAUCACACAGCAGGAUAUGUGUGCAGAGCAAGAAGAGGAGAACCAGUGUUUUACACUGAAUACAGUGAACCAAAGUUUGUCUGGUCUGCAGACUCUCAUCCAGCUGCUUCUCUCUCAGUGACUCCAGACAGAGUUCAACAUUUUAUCUAUCAGUCUGUCACUCUCAGGUGUAGUGGGAACAACACUGAGUGGAGACUGAGGAGGUUUACAGAAAUAGGUGAAAUUUCAUACACUGACUGCUCCAACUGGCGGACAAUGACUGGAUCCUCAUGUACUAUAAACUCAGACCGGUCUCACAGUGGAGUGUACUGGUGUGAGUCCGGAUCAGAUUUUAGCAACACAGUCAACAUCACUGUACAGGAUGAAAAUAAUGGUAUUAUCCUGGUGAGCCCUAUCCAGCCUGUGACUGCGGGAAAUCCUGUAAUUCUGAGUUGCAGAGAUGAAGAACAAAAACUCUCCAAUGUGUUUUUCUAUCACAAUAACAAACUGAUCCAAAAUGACAGCAGAGAGGAGCUGAAGAUCUCUGCAGUGUCAAAGUCAGAUGAAGGUUUCUACAAGUGUGAACAUUCAGGAAAGGAAUCACCACAGAGCUGGAUGGCUAUUAGAGAUAAACCUCAGCCUGUCCUCUCUGUGUCUCCAUCAUGGCUGAGUCCUGGAGCCUCAGUGACUCUGAGCUGUGGGGGGUUGGAGCAUCCAUCUGCAGGAUGGAGGUUCUUCUGGUAUAAAGUGGUUCCAGCAAAAUCCAGCAGCUCCUACAGCUUUGAGCUGCUGACUGGCAGAACCAGCUGGACUGAACAGAACUCCUACCUCAUUAAUGGACAGAAUCACACAGCAGGAUAUGUGUGCAGAGCAAGAAGAGGAGAACCAGUGUUUUACACUAAAUACAGUGAAGCAAAGUUUGUCUGGUCUGCAGACUCUCAUCCAGCUGCGUCUCUUUCAGUGACUCCAGACAGAGUUCAACAUUUUAUCUAUCAGUCUGUCACUCUGAGCUGUAGUGGGAACAACACUGAGUGGAGACUGAGGAGGUUUACACAAACAGGUGGACUAUCAGACAUUCACUGCUCCAACUGGGGGACAAUGACUGGAUCCUCAUGUACUAUAAACACAGUCUGGUCUCACAGUGGAGUGUACUGGUGUGAGUCUGGAUCAGGAGAUUUUAGCAACGCAGUCAACAUCACUGUACAGGAUAAAUAUUAUAGUAUCAUCCUGGUGAGCCCCGUCCAUCCUGUGACUGAGGGAGAUCCUGUUACUCUGAGCUGCAGAGAUAAAGAACAAAGACUUCUCUCCAAUGUGUUUUUCUAUCACAAUAACAAACUGAUCCACAAUGACAGCAGAGAGGAAAUGAAGAUCUCUGCAGUGUCAAAGUCAGAUGAAGGUUUCUACAAGUGUGAACAUUCAGGAAACGAGUCACCACAGAGCUGGAUGGCUGUUAGAGUGUCUCUGUCCAGUCCUGUUGACUCUUCAUUUGUUGUGCUGAUGAUUGUUGGACCGUUUAUUGGAAUAAUUCUCAUUUUCCUGCUGCUGCUGUUGUGGUGCUACAAACGGUCCAAAGAUUUCUGCUGCAUCAGGUCAGAAAGCAGCAGUCAGAGCCCCACCAUCAAUCAUGGAGUCAACCAAACAGACAGUCAAGUUUACAGCUCUCUGCUGCACGGUGAUGUUGAGUAUGAGUCAUUUCACCGGGCCACAAUCAAAGGGAGCCCUGAUGACCCAGAUGAAGAUCCUGUUUACACUAAUAUUGAAGCAAAAACCACAGGGAGCCCUGAUGACCCAGAUGAAGAUCCUGUUUACACUAAUAUUGAAGCAGAAACCACAGGAAUGUAGAGUCCAGAAGCAGCACAUGGAGCGGUUUAUUCUAUGAAACACCUUGAAAACAAUAACAGACAUACAAAGAUGUCUCAACAAUUUUAAACAUUUUUCUGUGGAUUUUGUUAGUUGUUUUUUUUUUCUUUUGUGGUAGCCUGUCUUUUAUCAGCAACACAAUGUUUCACAUAAAAAUGUGUUUAUUUCUGGUAUUUUAUCUUAGUAUCAGCUUUUCAAUUAAAUGACAAAACUUCACUUCAGUUUAUUAUUAUUUUUUUUUUAAGUAGACAUAUAUUAUCAAACAUUUAACUUUGAUUUAUAUUGCUUUGUCUUGCUUUUUUUGUUUUUCUUUUCAGCCAUUUUCAUCUUCAAAGUCUUGGUUUUACCAGGACACUUUUUGUAGAUUUGUUUCAUCGGCUACUAAUCAUUGCCAUAACUCUUUAACCCAAUAAAAACAAGCUGAAUGUAUAUUUAUGCAAAAUAAGAUUUAAUGCAAAUAAAUUGUGGUGAGAUUGCAGCUUUUUAAGAUUUUAACACAAUAAUCAUUUUGUUGUUAACUAUGCUUAUUAUGACGUGUUAAAAUCAGCAGGUAGUAUGUCAAUAAGUGAAUGUUUAAUGUUCCCAUUAGGGGUCAUUUCUGGAUGUGAAUGGGCAGAGUUAUCAUGCUAAAUGAAAGUAAGUAAAAACAAAGUUUUUAUUUUAACAUGCACAUUUAAAGUGUUUUACAUACUAACCAAAAAUGUAUGUAAAAAAUAUUUCUUGUUAUUAAAAAAGAAAACAGUUCUUUUUUGUUCCUGAUCAUUUUUUAUG